AGUCUGGCUCCGUUCCCCACCACCCGUUCUGCUCGUAGUCUUCCCUAGUGGCGAGCUGCGAUAUUGACAAGCAAGACACGCUGUUCAGUACCUCGCAUCAUGAAUCUGUAUGAGUUUAACGUGGUAGAGGCCGGUAAAGGGUUGCUGAUUAAAAUGCAGCUUCUCCUACUAGUGUGUCUUGCAGUCAGUGCUUCCUGCGGCGCGGUAAGUAGACCAGAUGCAAAGCUACCCCGAGUGACGCCGAGUGAAGUGCACGAAGUUCCUGACGCGGUAGUGAACUUUGUGCCUGGUAAUAAUAAUGUGUACGGGGAACUGCAUCUUUUCCGAACUCAAUAUUCUGGUGUCUUGAUCCGAGGGAGAGUGUCCGGUCUGAGUCCAGGUCAACACGGCUUCCAUGUGCAUGCAGUCGGUGAUCUCUCAGGGAAGUGCACGGCCGCAGGUGGUCACUUCAAUCCCUACAUGACUACCCACGGCUCCCCCUAUGACGCUAACCGCCACGCUGGAGACCUUGGCAACAUUCAGGCUGACCUUCAUGGCAACGCUGACGUGUAUAUUCAUGACUUGGUGAUCUCCCUCGACCCUGCCUCCCCUGCGUACAUCGGCAACCUGGCCAUAGUGGUUCACCAGGGCGAGGAUGAUCUAGGACGUGGAGGCAAUGCGGAUAGCUUGAAAACUGGCAAUGCUGGAGGACGUGCUGGGUGUGGACUCAUCAUACCUCUGUGAAAUAUUAUCGUAUCUGUUUUAAGUUCUCUAUUUUAUGAUUUUUUCCCGCCUUUUCCUUUUUCUUUGUGUAUUUUCUUUCUUUCUCUCAUCAGUAUUACGUGGUGAAAAUUGUUGGAUUUUGUUUUGUAAGUUAUACGUCAAGUGAAAUUAUACAAUCUGUUGAAAAAAGUGCCUUGACAAAAUAGAUUAAAAAUGCAAUGAUAUAUAAAAAAAAGAUAAUAUAACCACGGUUACAGUAAA